AUGCUGGUUCACUCUGUCCUAAGCCUGAUCGCCUUCCCAGCCGUCACUUUGGGUUCUUCUUUCACUGCAAAGACAAUUGGGCAACUUCCUCUUGGCACAUGGUUGGAGAAUGUUGCUGUGCGCUCUAAUGGCGACCUCCUGGUAACGGAACUCUGGCCCUCGGCGACUGUCUAUACUGUCGUCAACCCAGCAGACUGCAAGUCUGGUCUUGAAGAGCUGGUCACGUUCCCCUCUAUCACCGGACUUCUUGGUAUUGCCGAGGUACCCAAGAGCCCUGGAAAGCCUGAGACCUUCCUUGCUGUUGGCAGUGAAGCGACUGCUCUUAGCCACUUAACGCCAGGAACCUUUGAAGCUUGGGCUAUCGAGUUUCCUAAUCGACGGCACCAGCCCAAGGUGAAAGUCAGAAAGAUCAGCGACAUGACCAAGAAGAGCGCUUUUCUCAACGGCGUUGCCGCUAUCCCGGGCAGGUCAGAUGCUGUCCUAGUAUCUGACUCUGUCGCUGGGUUCGUCGGGCGCCUGGAUCUAUCUACGGGUGUCUUUGACGAUUCGGCAUUUGUGUUCCCCGAGAUGGCCCCUAUAUCAGCUGAUGCUUUCGGAAUCAAUGGUAUCAAGGUCCGCGACAGCUACCUGUACUUCACGAAUUCCAACGCUGUCAAGAUAUACCGUAUUGCAAUCACACCAGCUGGGUACCCGAAAAAGGGAGCCAAGCCUCAACUCGUCGCAGAUCUUUCGAGCGGUGUUGGGUUCUUCGAUGACUUCGAGUUCGACACGAAUGGUAAUAUCUAUGCCGCUACCAAUUUUGACAAUUCGAUCGUCUUUGUUGAUGUGAAGACUGGGAAGUGGAGAACUGUCGUCGGGGGUAUUCACGAGAUGACAGUUGCGGGUUCGACUGCUGCAGCAUUUAGUUAUGGGAAGAAGGGGGAGAAGACCUUGUAUGUUUCCACAUCGGGUGCACUUGCAAAGCCUGUCGAUGGAACCAAAACAGAGGGUGCCAAGGUUGUUGCUGUGAAGAUUCGCUCAUAG